UUUAGCAAACAGAACUUACGGCGACAGUUGGAAACGGUUUAUCGACUUGAAACAUUUCUUGAAAAAAUUUUGCGUCAUUUGAAUAUUUUUUCAGAAAAUAUGUAUUAAAAUCUUUGAUGUUGAUUGUAGUGAAAGCAUGAAUACUGUUUCCGAAACACCUUUUCAAGGAAGCAAUCAUUUAUCUAAAACAUUUCAGUCAUCUCAAGUUCAUACGCCAUUUCACUCGAAUCGAAUUACCAACCACAAAAAAUCGUACAAUGAUUAUAUUCACAAAAAGCAAACGUGGUUUACUAGACCCCGUUGGGGAGAUAAUAGUCUUCUUAAGGAUUCAGACUGCAAAGAUUUGUCUUCAGAAAUCAGUCAUCAGUUUUCUCAAAACCAUUUGAAUAAAACUCAUAAGCAUUUUGGAGGAGGUGAACUAUCUUACGGCAGGUAUUUUCCUAUUGAUGUUAAAUACAACGUUACUCCAUCAAAAAAGAGUCAAGUCAGACAAACAGAUGAAUUAAUUCCAAGUAGUAACAAGGUUGAUUUGAGUCUUCGUUCCAUAAAUCUUCCUUAUCCGGCAGAGCAUCCUCAAAAUUCUCACUGCCCAAAGUUUGCAUUAUUCCCUUCACAAGACUCACCGGACAACACUAAAAAUGGGCGACUGGCUUUAAAACAAUCCACAUCUUUACCAUCUACUGCAGCAUCUGCUACAAAAGAUUUAGUUGUUGCAGAAAAGAUAAAAGGCUUUCCACAUCGACGUGAAAUUGUCGAUGUUUCAAGAAAUUACAAAAGGAAGCCAUUUCAGUGGCAUGGACACAGUUUCGAUCAGCUACGCAAAGGUCUUGAUCUUCCUAAACAGAAGUUUUAUCCUACCCCACCUACAUCGGUUAAACCUGACUUUUGGGAUCGACAUCCAAACCUUUCCGUGUCACAAAAGACUGCAGAAGCACAACAACAUAUAAUUCACCAACUUACUGGGAGAACAGUAUUCUCACAAGACUUUAACGGCCGACAUAAAAGUUCACCUAAUUCUGACAGUAAAUGCGGUGAAGUAAAAGAUAAAGAGACUAGAUUGGUUGAGCCAUAUAAAACAAAAGAAAAGCACUGUAAUCAACAAUGCACAAACUACACAAACGAUUAUGACUUGGAUAUGGAUGCAUCAAUUACUCAAACGCCAAUUUCAAUUAUGCGUUGUGCAACAUCAUCGAAGGACUCCCGUCAAACGAAGCACAACAAGAGCGUGAAAUUCAGUGAAAGAGUGACAGUUUGCGAUGGUGACCUGACUAAAUCGAAUUAUAACACAGGAAAGCUAAAAACUAAUAUCAAAAAGAUCUCCGAAAACAUUAGCGAAGGCUGGAAUCUUAGCACACAACUGUCUAUGGCUGGAGAUGGACGAAAGGUUUUGUCUGAACAACGUGAUAAACGACAAAAUGCUGAAAUUCUAUUCCCUCGUUCAUUUCCAACGCUCUCCAGACCAAGCACCACGGGUAUUUCAGGAGUGUCUCUACGAAAUGAAUUGCGUUUUUUACAAGACAAUUAUUUCAAAUCUGCAAUUCAUAAAAAAUUCCACAAUGAAUAUCCAGAAAAUGCUCCAGACCUUCGUAGAACACCCGACACUCGCAUUACUCUUAAUGAGAAACGUCACGUGAUUCGAGAAACUGGACAACAUAGUUACUAUUUCCAUGGAUGACUCAUAUAAACUAUCAACAGAAGUCAAUGGCUAAGUCAAUUAGACGAUGGUCACUUUUUAAUAAUAAAAAAUACAUCAAACUUUUGAUAAAAAAGUGCUGUUACUAUACUUCAUUUAGGUAAAACUUUACUGUCUGAUAGAGAAAAUCAAGAUCUGAUAUU